AUGGACGGAGUGACCGAAGCUCAAGGCGUCGUCGCCUUGGGCCAAGCUACAAGUGAUUUCUCAAUCAAACCAGCGAGCAUAACACCUAGACUCGAUACCUCGCAGUGGCCGCUGCUUCUCAAAAAUUAUGACAAGUUACUCAUUCGAUCCAGUCAUUUCACCCCUAUUCCCUGCGGCAGCAGUCCAUUAAAACGUCCUCUAUCGGAAUAUAUCAAAACGGGGGUGAUCAACCUAGACAAACCUUCAAACCCGUCCUCGCAUGAGGUGGUCGCUUGGAUCAGGAGAAUACUUCGUUCGGAGAAGACGGGUCAUUCCGGUACAUUAGAUCCAAAAGUAACUGGUUGUUUAUUAGUUUGUAUAGAUCGGGCCACACGACUAGUCAAAUCCCAACAGGGCGCAGGAAAAGAAUAUGUUUGUGUAUUGAGAUUGCACGCCGGAUUAGAAACGGAGAAAGCUCUUAGUCGUGGUUUAGAAACUCUGACCGGAGCCCUAUUUCAACGUCCACCCUUGAUCUCGGCCGUAAAACGUCAACUGCGAAUCCGAACGAUCUACGAAACCAAGCUAAUCGAAUUUGAUAACAAACGUCACUUGGCGAUUUUUUGGGUCAGUUGUGAGGCCGGAACUUAUAUCCGUACCCUUUGCGUUCAUCUUGGACUAUUGCUUGGAGUGGGCGGUCAUAUGCAAGAGCUCCGACGAGUACGAAGCGGAGCCAUGGGUGAAAAUGAUGGGAUCGUUACCAUGCACGACGUUCUGGAUGCCCAAUGGACAUACGAUAAUACGCGUGAUGAAUCGUACCUUCGACGUGUCAUCCGUCCACUCGAGUCCCUGCUGGUCGGUUACAAGCGAGUCGUGGUUAAAGACACCGCAGUCAAUGCCGUCUGCUAUGGCGCCAAGUUGAUGAUACCCGGUCUACUCCGUUACGAAGCAGACAUUCAACUCAAUGAAGAAGUCGUAUUAAUGACCACUAAAGGAGAAGCGAUAGCGAUUGGUAUUGCUCAAAUGACCACGGUGGAGUUAGCUACUUGUGAUCACGGGGUCGUUGCCAAAGUGAAGAGAUGUAUUAUGGAGAGAGAUACCUACCCACGUCGAUGGGGGUUGGGCCCAAAGGCCCAAGAAAAAAAAAAGAUGGUCAAGACCGGCGCCCUUGACAAGUACGGCCGUGCAAACGAGAAAACUCCGGCCAAUUGGAAGGAAGGAUACGUUGAUUAUUCUGCUUCCACCACUGAGGGUCAAUCGGCAACUAUCAAUACCCAACCCACUGAACCGGCCACGAAAUCAAAUCAGAAAAGGAAAGCCGAAGAUGCAAUUGAACAAUCAGAAGCUGGCGAUGUCUCAAUCGUUGCCUCCGUGGCUGAUGGAACCAAGGAAACUGAAGAGGAAAGAAAGAAGCGAAAGGCUGAGAAGAAAAAAGCAAAGAAGGCCAAGGAAGCAAAUGAUGAGGUCAAUACCACCAUCACUUCCCAACCUGAGGAGGCUUCGGACAUCAUCGUCAAUCUGUCCUGCUUCCUCGCCUGA